CACGGAAACUAUACUGUCAGUUCUGUGCAUUCUGAUUUUGUCUACUGUGUAAGCGGGAACACAGCAUGCCUGCACAGAUAAAGGCAGCUCGACUUUUGCAAAUGUUGGCACUUUGAAUGGGGGGACGGGUCGGCUCACUCUGGUGACACACUCAAGACUGUUUUUGGUUGGAUACUUUCUUUUCUGGGGCGCAUGACGAAUAGCUUGGCACCAGUACAGUCAGAAAUCAAAGCUUCUGUUUGCGGACCUCGUAGUGACUUAUAAACUCUGCACAACAUCCUGACAAGUAAAAUGACUUCUCUUGGCUUUUGCGCUUUACUCCUUUUGAUGAUUAGUGAACUGCGCCAGGUGUCCUGCUCGAGACAGACCUUCACGAAUGCCGCACUUCUGGAUGCGCACGGGAAAUACCACUUAAGGUGGAGAUAUGACGAGAGAACCGUAGUGUUUGAGGUUGAAGUCGAGACCACCGGUUAUAUCGGAUUUGGACUGUCUCCCUCUGGGUCUAUGGCGCAUUCCGACAUAAUGAUUGGGGGAGUAGAAAACGGAAAGCCGUACGUGCAGGAUUUUUAUACAGGUACAAACCGAGAAGUCCAUCUGGAUCAUCGUCAAGACUAUCAUCUGGAAUAUGCAAUAGAAAAUAACACACACACCAUCUUGUGCUUCUCAAGAGACCUCAAUACUUGUGAUAUGGAUGACAAAAUAAUCACGGAAAGCACAGUAAGAGUUAUAUGGGCAUAUCACUCAGAUGACUACAAAAAUGCACACAACUAUCAUGGACUGAAUCGUGGAAGGAAGAGUCUACGCUUACUUAAUCCACAACAUUAUCAAGAUGCACUGGAGAGCCUUCCAUUUUUUGAAAUAAAAAAUCCCAACAUAACUAUACCCUUUAAAGAUACAACAUAUUACUGUCAAAUCUUCAUGCUUCCUGAAUUAAAAAGAAAACAUCACAUAAUAAGGAUUGAACCACUAAUACAAAAAGGCCAUGAAAACUUAAUCCAUCACAUUUUGCUGUAUCAGUGUGAUAGCAACCUAAACGAAAGUGAGGUUGGAAUGGGCCACGAGUGCUACCACCCCAAUAUGCCAGAUUCAUUCCUCACCUGUGAAAGUGUGUUUUUUGCAUGGGCAAUUGGUGGACAGAGCUUCUCUUAUCCAGACCAUGUAGGUCUUUCAAUUGGAACCUCAAACGAUCCAUUAUACGUGAUGAUGGAAGUGCACUAUGAUAACCCUACAUUUCAAGAAGGUCUGACUGACAGCUCAGGACUAAGACUAUUCUACACAUCAGAGCUGAGGCAGUUUGAUGCUGGUGUCUUAGAAACUGGAGUUUGGGUCAGCUUAUACCACAUCAUUCCACCAGGUGUAUCCGAAUACCUUUCAGAAGGUCACUGCACCAAGGAAUGUCUACAAGAGGUUCUAGAUCAAGAGAUGCCUUUAGGAAUUAACAUCUUUGCUGUGCUUCUGCAUUCGCACUUGGCUGGAAGAUCUCUGAGGACAAGACAUUUUAGAAAUGGAAAAGAACUUCAGUUGCUGGCAUACGAUGAUGAGUUUGAUUUCAACUUUCAAGAAUUUCAGUAUCUGAAAGAAGAACGACGUGUGUUGUCAGGUGAUCAUUUGAUUACAGAAUGCAAGUAUAAUACCAUUGACCGCAAAAAUGUAACAUGGGGCGGAUUAAGCACCAGAGAUGAAAUGUGUCUAUCAUAUCUACUCUAUUAUCCAAGAAUUGACUUAUCUAGAUGUGAAAGCCUGCCAGACCAAAUACAACAGCUUACAUUUAUUGGCGUGAAAGAAAUUUAUUCACCAGUAACUGCCUGGCCAUUUAUUAUAAAAAGUCCCAAGAAAUACAGGAAUCUUACAUUCACUGAUGCCAUGGAUACAUUUAAAUGGUCCAAGAAGAAAGGGUUGGCCUUCAACAAAUUUGUUCUUCAACAGCCAAUAAAUGUGAGAUGUUCCAAGCACAACCAAGAAGAAUGGCCGGUUCAUGGAAUGUUAGUAUCUCCCCCAGUAAAAGAAGAGGUCACUCAGUUUCUUCCUACUGUUUGCAACAGAGCUCCGCAUGUGAAUAGAAUAUUUAUAAUUAAAGUAUUUUUAGUCACUGUCACUUUUGUGUUUUAUUUAGAUAUUUGACUUGAACAUCUGUGUAAAUAAUAUCCUUUUUUUGCAAUAUCAAGUUGUAGCAGAUGUAUGGAGAGAACAGGUGACUGUCCCAAAGGAAAUAUUUAAACAGUUAAUAAUCUGAACUAUUUCAAAAUUUUUUGAAGUUGUAAAUCCAUUGGUGUGUAUUUCUGGAAAAGUCAGAUGCCAAUGUCUUUUGAAGCUGUAUGUGUUCAUUUUGAUACACUGUCAUUUUUAUAAAAAUAAAAAAUAAAAACCUG